CAAGAGCUGGUCCAUUUUGUUUUUCCCCCGUUUUUUUAUUUGCCUGUUGAAGUUGCAUAUUUUUGUUUUCAUAAAUGUUUACGAUAUAGCCAAUUUUGGCAUGUGUUGGCUGUGUUAUCUAGUGGAAACCUAUCACCUUUUGUGCCAAAAAUAUCUAUUGGAUUUUUCCAGUAAUUGUCUUCAAACCUGAUUCGUUCCAUCACUCACAGCUGAAGAUAUGAAUAUUUUAAUAUUCAUCCAAUGUCUGCCAUGCUUCUGGAUGACGGGAUGGCAUUGUUGACGCUCGCGCUUGCUCCAGUGUGCACUGAGAAGGUGUUACUGACUCUGAAAAGCAGAUUGCAGCAACCCCGAAACGGAGUAUGCGAAUGCCAGAGGAACUACGCCGUGAAUUUGGUCGUUAUGGGCCUAUUGUAGAUGUCUACAUUCCACUUGACUUCUCUACACGGCGACCAAGAGGAUUUGCUUACAUUCAAUUCGAGGACGUGCGAGAUGCAGAGGAUGCCCUCCACAACCUGGACCACAAGUGGGUGUGUGGUCGACAGAUCGAGAUCCAGUUUGCACAGGGUGACCGAAAAACCCCCAACCAGAUGAAGACUAAGGAGAGCUCUCCUCGCAGAGGGUCCCGCAGCAGCUCCUUCUCCCGUUACGACGACUACGAACGCGGUGAUGGCCGACGCAGACGCUCUCGCAGUCGCAGCUACGAAAGGCGCCGGUCGCGUAGCCCUUCCUGCGACCGCCGUCCUCGGAGGUCAGAGAGCCCUAGAGACUCUCGGUCAUAUGGCAGGCACAGGCGAAGCAGAAGCCAUGAAAAUGACAGGUACAGGGGCCCUCCACGUGAACACCACAGGAUGCACCACGCACCCCCAUCUCGUAACCGCUCCGCCUCCCGCUCCCCCUCUCCCAGAUCCAGGCCCAAAGACACAAAGUCUCAGUCCAAAUCCCCCAGCCCCGUCAAGGACUUCCACCCCUCCUCUGGCUCCCAGAAACAGGCCUGUCGACGCUCCUACUCCAGAUCUGUGUCCCGAUCUCGCUCCAGAUCCUAGGACCCCACCACCCUCAAACCCUGUUAUUCAGUAACUAAAGAUAUUUUUGUUCAACACUACAACAUAUGAAUAUGGUAUCUAGGGAGGGGUUAUUACACACCCCACCUCAGUUCAUUAGUUGAGUUAUCAUGAUAUCUCUGGGCUGAUGCCAUACAACAGGAGAGCUGGUUGUCCCUACAGAUGGAUAGUGCUUUUUUAUGUUAGUUCAGUUUCAUUCACCUCUGAAAAACAUUGGAUGUUUUUCAUUUACAUUCAUAUUGGUUUAAUUCUAUUAAUUGAGAACCCAGUGGAUUUAAGUUCAGCACAUAAGAAUUGGUCAACUAUGAAAUGCAAAGGUACAGUUUUGGGCUAACGGGUAUUAACCUCUGGCUACAGAAGAGGUUGAGAGUCCAAAAACCCAUUUAUAAGAAAAGAGAAGUUAAAUCUGGAGUUUGCAGUGAUAUCUAGCCAUCAAGUUAACUGCUAUUAUUUUUGUACAUUUGAUGUUGCUUAAAUCUCCUGCAUUUUCUUUGUAGAUCAUUUGUUAUUUUUUGUGUUCAAAUCGAGCAGCAGUGUUUUCUUUUUGUGGAUUAAAAAUGUUAUGUUUUAA